AUGACUACGUCGGAUUCCAAGGCGCCUUUACGGACGGUGACACGCGUUCAGUUUGGCAUCCUUUCGCCAGAUGAGACACAUCGUAUGUCAGUCACAGAUGGUGGCAUACGUUUUCCAGAAACCAUGGAGGGUGGUCGCCCGAAAUUGGGUGGCCUUAUGGACCCAAGGCAAGGUGUUAUUGAUAGAAAUUCUAGAUGUCAAACGUGUGCCGGUAAUAUGACAGAAUGCCCCGGUCACUUUGGUCACAUAGAUCUCGCAAAGCCUGUAUUUCAUGUGGGAUUUAUCACGAAAACUAUAAAAAUAUUGAGAUGCGUGUGUUUUUACUGCUCCAAACUGCUCGUCAAUCCUCAUAAUCCAAAGAUAAAAGAAAUCGUUAUGAAGACAAAGGGGCAACCACGGAAACGACUUGCAUUCGUCUAUGAUUUAUGCAAAAGUAAGAAUAUCUGCGAGGGUGGGGAUGAAAUGGACAUCAACAAAGAGAAUGCAGAAAAUCAGCCACAGGUAGAAAACAGAAAACCAGGUCAUGGGGGUUGUGGCAGAUAUCAACCCAAUCUGAGACGGUCCGGGUUGGACGUCACUGCCGAGUGGAAACACGUAAACGAGGAUUCGCAAGAGAAAAAGAUAGCGCUCACCGCCGAAAGAGCGUGGGAAAUUCUCAAGCACAUCAAGGACGAGGAAUCUUUUAUUCUGGGCAUGGAUCCGAAAUUUGCCCGGCCGGAUUGGAUGAUAAUCACGGUGUUACCGGUACCACCAUUGUCCGUGAGACCAGCGGUCAUCAUGUACGGCUCCGCGAAAAAUCAAGACGAUCUGACGCACAAGUUGGCGGACAUCAUCAAAUCAAACAAUGAGCUGGUGCGAAACGAGCAGUCCGGUGCUGCGGCACACGUGAUCUCGGAGAACAUAAAGAUGCUGCAAUUCCACGUGGCAACGCUCGUCGACAACGACAUGCCUGGUAUGCCGCGAGCGAUGCAAAAGUCGGGCAAACCGCUCAAGGCGAUCAAAGCCAGGCUGAAGGGAAAAGAGGGCAGGAUUCGAGGGAACCUGAUGGGAAAGCGCGUGGAUUUUUCAGCGCGCACCGUUAUCACGCCGGACCCCAACUUACGAAUAGACCAAGUGGGCGUACCGCGUAGCAUAGCGCAAAACCUGACGUUUCCCGAGAUCGUGACACCCUUCAACAUCGAUAAGAUGCAAGUAUUGGUCAGACGUGGUAACUCGCAAUAUCCUGGGGCGAAAUACAUAGUUCGCGAUAACGGCGAGAGAAUCGACCUGCGCUUUCAUCCCAAGUCGUCUGACUUGCAUUUGCAGUGCGGCUACCGAGUAGAGCGACACAUCCGUGACGGCGACCUCGUGAUCUUCAAUCGUCAACCGACGCUGCACAAAAUGAGUAUGAUGGGCCAUCGCGUGAAGGUGUUACCUUGGAGUACAUUCCGCAUGAAUCUGAGCUGUACGUCGCCUUACAACGCCGACUUUGACGGCGACGAAAUGAAUUUGCACGUGCCGCAGUCGAUGGAAACCCGUGCGGAGGUUGAGAACAUUCACGUAACUCCGCGGCAGAUCAUCACGCCGCAAGCGAACAAGCCUGUCAUGGGUAUCGUGCAGGAUACACUGACGGCCGUGAGGAAAAUGACUAAGCGCGACGUGUUCAUCGAGAAGGAGCAGAUGAUGAAUCUGCUUAUGUUUCUACCCAGCUGGGACGGCAAAAUGCCACAACCUUGUAUCCUGAAGCCGAAACCGUUGUGGACCGGCAAGCAACUGUUCUCCCUCAUUAUACCAGGAAACGUGAACAUGAUACGGACGCACAGCACGCACCCGGACGAAGAGGAUGACGGCCCGUACAAGUGGAUUUCACCGGGUGACACCAAGGUAAUGGUAGAGCACGGAGAGCUCGUGAUGGGUAUUCUCUGUAAAAAAACUCUCGGCACAUCCGCCGGGUCUUUACUUCACAUCUGCAUGCUCGAAUUGGGCCAUGAAGUUUGCGGACGCUUCUACGGCAACAUUCAAACGGUCAUCAAUAACUGGCUGUUGUUGGAGGGUCACUCGAUCGGUAUCGGCGAUACCAUUGCCGAUCCGCAAACCUACCUGGAAAUCCAGAAGGCAAUCAAGAAGGCUAAAGAGGACGUGAUAGAGGUAAUUCAGAAGGCUCACAACAUGGAGCUGGAGCCGACGCCCGGUAACACGUUGCGUCAAACUUUUGAGAACCAAGUGAACAGGAUAUUGAACGACGCUCGUGACAAGACCGGAGGUUCCGCCAAGAAAUCGCUGACAGAGUAUAACAAUCUGAAAGCUAUGGUGGUGUCGGGUUCGAAGGGCUCCAACAUUAACAUCUCUCAGGUAAUCGCUUGCGUCGGUCAGCAGAACGUUGAAGGUAAACGAAUACCUUUCGGCUUUCGCAAGAGAACGUUGCCACACUUUAUCAAAGACGAUUACGGUCCUGAAUCCCGUGGCUUCGUCGAGAAUUCGUAUCUCGCCGGUCUCACGCCGUCCGAGUUUUACUUCCACGCCAUGGGAGGUCGCGAAGGUCUCAUCGAUACCGCCGUGAAGACAGCCGAGACCGGUUACAUCCAGCGUCGUCUGAUAAAAGCUAUGGAGUCUGUGAUGGUGCACUACGAUGGCACCGUUCGUAACUCCGUCGGUCAGCUGAUCCAGCUGCGUUACGGAGAGGACGGUCUUUGCGGCGAGACUGUCGAGUUCCAAAAUCUACCCACCAUCAAAGUGAGCAAUAAAGCCUUCGAGAAGAAGUUCAAGUUCGAUCCGACCAACGAGCGCUACCUACGGCGGAUAUUUAAUGAAGACAUCGUCCGCGAGAUGAUGGGUUCCGGCGAGGUGAUCUCCGAACUGGAGAGAGAAUGGGAACAGCUGAACAAGGAUCGCGCUGUACUGCGUGAGAUCUUCCCGAGCGGCGAAUCGAAGGUUGUGCUGCCUUGCAACUUGCAGAGAAUGAUUUGGAACGUGCAGAAGAUAUUCCACAUUAACAAACGGGCGCCAACCGAUCUCAGCCCGAUGAGAGUUAUCCAGGGUGUGAAGGAUCUCUUGGAGAAGUGUAUCAUCGUCGCUGGGGACGACAGACUGAGCAAGCAGGCAAACGAAAACGCGACCCUACUGUUCCAAUGCUUAGUGAGAUCAACUUUGUGUACGAAAUGCGUGUCCGAAGAAUUCCGACUGUCGAGCGAAGCCUUCGAGUGGCUGAUCGGAGAGAUCGAGACCAGAUUCCAACAGGCUCAAGUGUCCCCGGGUGAGAUGGUCGGCGCGUUGGCGGCACAGUCUCUCGGCGAGCCCGCCACUCAGAUGACCCUGAACACUUUCCACUUUGCUGGUGUAUCAUCGAAGAAUGUAACUCUCGGUGUGCCGAGGCUGAAGGAAAUUAUUAACAUCAGCAAGAAACCGAAGGCGCCAUCGCUCACGGUGUUCCUGACCGGCGCGGCUGCGCGCGACGCCGAAAAGGCGAAGAACGUGCUCUGCCGAUUGGAACACACCACGCUGAAGAAGGUAACGGCCAACACAGCGAUAUACUACGACCCGGAUCCGCAGAACACGGUGAUCGCCGAGGAUCAAGAGUUCGUUAACGUGUACUAUGAGAUGCCUGAUUUCGAUCCCACAAAAAUAUCGCCGUGGUUGCUGCGUAUCGAGCUGGAUAGGAAGCGAAUGACCGACAAGAAGCUGACGAUGGAGCAAAUCGCGGAGAAGAUCAAUGCAGGUUUUGGCGACGACUUGAAUUGUAUAUUCAACGAUGACAAUGCCGAGAAAUUGGUGUUACGUAUCAGAAUAAUGAAUAGCGACGAUAACAAGUUCCAAGACACGGACGAGGAGACCGUGGACAAGAUGGAGGACGAUAUGUUCUUGCGAUGCAUCGAAGCUAACAUGCUUAGCGACAUGACUCUACAGGGUAUCGAAGCUAUUGGCAAAGUUUACAUGCACUUACCCCAGACGGACUCGAAGAAGCGUAUUGUUAUUACGGAAACGGGCGAAUUCAAAGCUAUCGCGGAGUGGCUCUUGGAAACUGAUGGAACAAGUUUGAUGAAAGUUUUAAGCGAAAGAGAUGUAGAUCCCGUACGGACAUUCAGUAACGAUAUCUGUGAAAUAUUCCAAGUACUUGGCAUCGAGGCUGUACGAAAGUCAGUAGAGAAGGAAAUGAAUGCGGUUUUGCAAUUCUACGGCCUGUACGUGAAUUAUCGUCAUCUUGCUUUACUUUGCGACGUCAUGACGGCGAAAGGUCAUCUUAUGGCGAUAACUCGUCAUGGAAUCAACAGACAGGACACGGGUGCUCUUAUGAGGUGUUCCUUUGAAGAAACGGUCGAUGUAUUAUUGGAUGCCGCAUCGCACGCGGAGGUAGACCCAAUGCGAGGAGUAUCCGAGAACAUUAUAAUGGGACAACUUCCACGCAUUGGAACAGGUUGUUUCGAUCUAUUACUGGAUGCUGAAAAAUGUAAAGCUGGCAUUGAGAUUCCCGUGGCGGUCGGUUCGGGUAUGUUAGGAACAGCAGGAAUGUUCUUCGGUAGUGUAACCGGUAUAUCUAGCAUGAGUCCUCAGAUGACUCCUUGGAUGGGAGCAACUCCCGGUUACGGUGCAUCGAGUAUGUCACCGGCAUUGAGCAGUGGCAUGACACCAGGAGGUGCAUGCUUUUCACCAUCGGGCGCAUCGGACGCAUCGGGCUUGUCACCAGCGUACUCUGCGUAUUCGCCACAACCUGGAAGUCCUGGUAGCCCGGGUCCGAGUAUGAGUCCGUUCCCGAUGUCACCAGCGGGUGCAGCUUCGCCCAGUUAUUCUCCCACUUCACCCGCGUAUCUGCCUACGUCGCCCAGCAUGACCCCGUCGAGUCCGAACUAUUCACCCACGAGUCCGACGUACUCGCCGACCAGUCCAAACUAUUCACCGACAUCUCCAAGUUACUCACCGACAAGUCCGAGUUACUCCCCGACAUCGCCGAGUUAUUCGCCGACGUCGCCAAGUUACUCGCCCACUUCGCCGAGUUAUUCGCCGACAAGUCCAAGCUAUUCUCCGACGUCGCCAAGUUACUCGCCGACCAGUCCAAGCUACUCACCCACGUCACCGAGCUACUCGCCCACGUCACCAAGUUACUCGCCCACUUCGCCGAGCUACUCGCCAACCUCGCCGAGUUACUCCCCAACGAGUCCAAGUUAUUCACCUACGAGCCCGAGUUACUCACCGACGUCGCCCAGCUACUCGCCUACGUCACCGAGUUACUCGCCCAGUUCACCAAACUACACUCCGGCCUCGCCGUCGUACUCGCCCACAUCGCCGAGUUAUUCGCCAAGUUCGCCGCAGUAUUCGCCUGCCAGCCCGAGCUACUCGCCCAGCAGUCCCAAGUACUCGCCAACCAGUCCAAGUUAUUCCCCUACUUCACCUUCAUUCGCCGGUACAUCGCCACAGUAUACGCCCGCGAGUCCCACGUAUUCGCCGACCAGUCCGACGUAUUCGCCUACGAGCCCGUCGUACUCGCCCAGCUCACCGCAGCAUACCGCGUCCGGCAGUACCAGAUACUCGCCCAGCAGCCCGAACUAUUCGCCCACCAGUCCGACGUACUCUCCGACGAGUCCUCAGUACUCGCCGUCGAGUACCAAAUAUUCGCCAACAAGCCCCACGUACACGCCCACGAGCCCGAGUUAUUCACCGACGAGUCCAACGUACUCGCCGCCGGUGCCAGGUUACUCGCCCACGAGUCCCACCUACUCCCCAGCAUCACCUGCUUAUGAGACAGAUGAUUAAUGAAAGUUGCUGCGAGAUAUUGUUAGUUCAUUACUUUAUUUCAUUAAUUACUUUUUUACCAAAAAUUCCCUGGUCCCUCUCAAGUACACUAGCUUGUAAAACUUAACACUGAGACUUUCUGAGUAACCCGUUCAUACUUUACUUUUUUCAAUAUUUUAAUCCUUAUGGCGUAAGUGAGAAAUUAUGUGCAUCAUGGCGUAUAUUUCGCGUUAUUAUAUUAAACGUAUUGUAAUACGUAUAUCUAAAUGUAAUAUCUUAUUAAUAUAACGCGAAAGGUGACAAACAAGUCGAAGUAGAUACGCGAUAUACUCAUAAUUUCAUACACGUCCGGUCAGGCAUAUGCAAGUUAUGAUUCAGGGAAUUUUUCGUAAGAAAGCAAUCGAUAAAAUCAACCAAUCAUUGAAUGCGGAAGCGCUGUUUGUGAUGUCAAUAACGUGUAUAAAUUGAGAAAAUUUUGUAUAUGUGCGUUUUACAUGUUUCGCAGAUUUUGUCAUAUAGAAAUACAAUGUGUCCGACUUUUACGUCUGCUGUUUGUUUAGCUGUAGCGCAUAAUCUAUGCGAUAUCACGAGUAACAAACGUGAUAUAUCGCAUUAUUGAUAUUUAAUUGUUUAGGUGUUAAAAAUAUUAUAAGAUAAAUAUUGGAACAUUACAUUCUAGUUAGUAAAGUGCGAAAGUAAACCUUUGCAAUGGAGUAAAAGUGUAUUACUGUAAUUGCAUCAUAUACAAUUUGUACUACACACAAUAAUAACGUUUUGAAUCCAUGAA